AUGAUGGACUCGUGUAAGCUGGUUUCUAUUCCAUCUUCUGGAUUGAAGUUCACCUGGUCAAAUAAUAGAAAACAUGAAAAUGUUCAUGCGGUCCUAGAUAGGAGCUUGUGCAAUGAGGAGUGGCUAGAUCAUUUCUCUGGAAUUUCCCAAAGGGUUUUACCUUGCGGGUAUUCUGACCAUUCUCCCAUUAUUAUCUCUUGCGAUGAGGUGCCUCGUCCUACUAAUAUUCCUUUUCGUAUGCAUAGAUUCUGGGCUGAGCAUAGUGAUUUCAAGAAUGUUGUGAGGGCAUCAUGGGAGAUCCCUGUGAGGGGUACUCCUAUUUUUAGAGUGCUAAGGAAGCUAAAAAGAUUAAAAGGUCCUCUAAGGGCUUGGGCUCGUGAUGUUUUUCCUCACGUGGAUCAUGAAGUGGAAAGAACAAAGGUCGCUCUGGAGCAUAUUCAGGAAUUGAUGGAGGCUGAUGGGUUUAGUAAAGCCCUUUAUGACCAGGAGCAAGUCGCGAGACAAGAUUAUGAUACUGCUAUAGGCCUUUACGAAAAGAUUUGGGCAGAGAAAUCUCGUGUCAAAUGGCUGAAUGAGGGUGAUCGUUGCUCGAAAUUCUUCCACACUUCAGCCAAGAUGCAUCGAGGUAGAAACACUAUUCGGGAAAUUCAAAUUGAAGAUGGAGCUGUCCAUACUUCUCUUUCUGUCAUUGGGGAGAAGUUAGUGGAUCAUUUUGAAAAUUUCCACAAGCAUGGUAAUUUCAGGAGAGUUGAUGAUCUUCUUUUAGUUAUUCCAAAGCUGGUAAUCCCUGAAGAUAAUGAUAUGCUUAUGAGGACCCCCACCUCAGAAGAAAUUAAACAUGUUGUCUUUGAUUUGGACCCAUCCAGCGCUCCAGGACCAGAUGGCUUCCCUACGAAAGUUUCAGAUUUCAUCGUAGAAGGACGUUGGGCUCUUCCUCUGAUUGUUUCGGAUGAUAUGAAGGCACUUUGUGAUCUGGUGAAGUCCAUUCCUCUCCCCACAGUGGCUGUUAAAGAUAAUAGAGUUUGGUCUCUUUCUGAAUCAGGCUGUUCUGGGGCUGGUGGCGUUAUUAGGGACAAGAAUGGAUCUCCAAAGUGUGGUUUUGCUGUUCAUGAAGGUGUGGGAACCAACUUCAUGGUAGAAUUCAGCGCCUUUUCUAUGGGUUGCACACCGCUUCAUUGA